AUGAAGUGGUUUAAUCUGGUCUGCCAUAUUUCUAUAGCCUUAGCUGGGCAUCUCAAUCCUCCAGUUUCAACGGUUGACUUCCCUUCUAUGAUAAAACUGGAGGAUCUAUUAGAGGGAUCCCGGCAACUUGAAAAUUUUGCUUAUUCCUACCCGGAGCGCAACCGUGUGUUUGGCAGCGCAGCGCAUAACGACACUGUUGAUUUUAUCUAUCGCGAGUUGAAGAAAAGUGGCUAUUAUCAUGUCUGGAAGCAGCCACAGGUACACACAUGGACAAAAUCAGAGUCCUCUUUGAUAUUCAAUGACGAUUCCAUUGAGGUGGCUGCCAUGACCUAUAGUCCAAGCGUCGAUGUUACUGCCGAAAUUGCUGUUAUCUUGAAUUCUGGAUGCAGUGUGGCCGACUAUCCCAAUGAUGUGGCUGGUAGAAUUGCCCUGGUCAAACGGGGAGAAUGCACUUUUGCAGACAAGUCACUGCUCGCCGCGUCUGCCAAUGCCGCCGCUGUCCUUGUGUUCAACAAUGUUGCAGGGAGCUUAAGUGGAACACUCGGCGCAGUGUCUAGUGACAACGGAUCCUUUUCUGCCAUUGCAGGAAUCUCCAAAGCCGAUGGUGAAAUAUUACUCGAUGCAGCGGAGAAGAAUACUGUGGUUGUGGCUCUUGAGAUAGACAGCCAAAUCGAGAACCGUACUACGUUCAACGUGAUUGCUGAGACGAAGGGCGGGGAUCACAACAACGUUGUCGUUCUGGGGGGUCACACCGACUCGGUUGAGGCUGGCCCGGGAAUCAACGAUGAUGGCUCCGGGAUAAUCAGUAAUCUUGUGGUAGCUCGAGCGUUGACAAAAUUUUCUGUCAAGAAUGCUGUGAGAUUUUGCUUCUGGACGGCAGAAGAGUUCGGCCUGCUGGGUAGCGAAUUCUAUACUGCGCAACUGGACUCCAAAGCCCUAGCGAAAAUCAGGCUUUACCUGAACUUCGAUAUGAUUGCCUCGCCCAACUACGCGCUUAUGAUAUAUGAUGGCGAUGGAGACGCUUUCAACCAGACCGGCCCAGAUGGCUCUGCCCAGAUUGAGGCUUUGUUUCAGGAAUACUUUACUUCCAUUAAUCUACCUUACAUUCCAACCGCGUUCGAUGGCCGUUCCGACUACGAUGGGUUCAUCUCGCGCGGAAUACCUGCUGGUGGCCUCUUUACCGGGGCUGAAGGUAUCAAGACUGAUGACGAGGCAAAAUUGUUUGGUGGUCAGGCCAAUAUAUCGUAUGAUAUAAAUUAUCAUGCUGCUGGAGACGAUUUUGCCAAUUUGAAUCACGAUGCAUUCUUGAUCAAUUCAAAAGCCACAGCUUUUGCCAUCGCGACGUAUGCAAACAGCCUUGCUUCAAUACCACCACGGACUCAGACAUCUACUAAGCGAGAAUGGAUGCGAAGGGAACUUGUAUCGCAUAUUCAUUCUAAAAAUACUGGGUGUUUCCACUUCCACGUCCUCAGAUAA